UUCAAUAACCUGUCAAUUUUUGUUCAAGUUUAUAUUAGCACGACUUCCUUCUCAUUUUUGAUAAGGAAAUUAAUGUAAAAUGCAUAAACAAUAACUUGUUUUGUUAGAUGCAUAUUUGUCAAAUUAAUUUCGAGGUUAAUGUAGUUGAAUAGUAUUGUACUAUUCAUUAAAAUAGGAGUGCAGUUAUCAGUGAAUAUUUGCAGUUACAAGCGUAUCAGCAAUGUUCAGAAUUAAGUUCUACACAACAUUUCUUAUUGAAUAGCUGUGUAAUUUAGCGUGAAGAUGGAUUGCGAAGGGAUAUUAAAGGCUGGAUCGGAGUCCCAGGACUCUGAUGAGCCGGCACCGCCAGGUAUUUCCAAGGCCGACUUUAAUAAGUCUGACAUUGGAAUACCAACAUCCUCAACUCCGAAACCAAGUACGAGUACCAUCGGCUUCAAGCUUGUCCCGUCGCAGAAAGGAGUAGAGAAUGCCAAGAAGAGAUUGAGAGCAUUCUCCAUACAGAAGAAGAGUCCUAUGGCACCUGUUCCUGUACCCAAAGCCAUUAGCGGUGGAAAUACAACAGUGUUCAUCGGUAAACUAAGUCAUGUGAAGACUACUCCGAAGGUGGAGAAGCCUGAUGAUGCAGAACAGAAGAAGCCGCCAAAGCCUCCGAAACCUGGACAGGCUAGGAAAACUAUGCAAGAUUCCUACACAGAACUCCAAAAGCGUACAUUACAUGAGAUAGAAGAUAUGAAGCGUAAAAUGGAACUCGUAGACUUGGGUAUUCCUCUGGGUCUGAUCUGCCCUAGUGCUACCAACGAUAAGGCUAUGCCUACCAAAGCUAUGCCGCCUAUCAAGACAUUUUUGGCACGCGGUAGCGGCGCACGCGCAGCUCCCCAGUCGACGACGCGACGGUUGUUAUGCAACAGUAACUGCAUUACAGAACACUGCUUGUUUAACUAUCCGUCUAAAUUAGAUGAAAUUAUUAGAGAAGCUAAAAAAGCCAAAGCUGAAGGCAGAGAGUUCAAAUUUGAUUACCAAAAGAUAUUACCAGAUUACGACAACCCUUUCCAACGUAAAAAAGAUGAAAUUGAAAAAGUUAGAAAGAUAAGUGAAGAUAGGGAUAGAGAUAGAGAUAUAAGGAAAAAGUUAGAUAAGGAAAGAGAUAAGAGUAGGAGAAAGAGUGAUAAGUAUGAUAAAGAUUCUAGAAGACAUUCAAGUCAUAGAAGAGAUGAUAAAGAUAAGAGAAAAGAUGACAAAGAUAAAUAUAGAGAUAGGGAUAGAGAUAGAGAUAAAUCAAGAGAAAAAACUGAAGAAAAGAGAGAGGACAAGAAAGAUGAAAGGAAAGAAGAUAGGAAAGAUGAGAAAAAAGAGAAAGAACAAACUCCAGUAGCUAAGAAGAAAUCAGACAAACCUUCUGAAAAAGACCCAAAAGAAACUGAUGUGAAUCUGAGUGAAUAUCUGGUUUGUGAUAGUUGGUCCUUAGACAACGAAGACAGGCCAAAUUUCAGUCCAAAAACAGAUGACAAACUCAAAAACAUACCAAUACCGAAAGAAGUAAAACCUAAAGAAACAACAGAAGCUAAAAAAGAUACAACAGACAGUCCAAAAACGACUCCAGCUAAAAAAAUCGAGAAGCUACAACCAGUAAUCGAUUCGUUUAAAUUCGAAAUCGAUCCAAACGAUGACGAGUUACUCGAUAUGUUCGAUGAGAGUUCGGAUAUCGAGAAAUUCGCAACAAAAACUCGUAAGAAGGAUGAUAGUAGUAUGUUUGAUUCUCCGAUAGACAUGAAGAUAUUUGAUUUCGAUCAGAGUAAAGGAUCUGACGUGUUAACAGAUGAUACGUUUUUAGAAUCAGUCAUAAAUGAGAUUAAACAAGAGAAUAUGAGUGACGAAGACAGUCAGGACAAAGGUUUAGUAGAGUAUGACUCUCCUUCGAAAGAGAGUCAGAGUCCUAGAGUAGAGAGAAUCUCUAUAACUCCAGAAUUAGAUGAGAGGAUGUUUGUGAAUCUCCAGUCUAGUAGGAGUGAUUAUUCCGACGGGUAUCGGUCUACUGAAAGUGGGUAUAAGUCUACUGAGUCUGGGUAUAAGUCCAGUGCCAGUAGCAAAGGGGAUAGCUACCGGGCGUCCGUUGAAAAAGAGUUAGUGGGCAACUUCAAUAAGUUCACCGUUGAUUCGCUGGAGACUUGGAGUUUUGUGCUGAAGAUCUGUCAGCCGUUGCUGUUCAGACAUGAUAAUACUAAGUGUUUUAGGUACACACGCACUAUGCCCAAAAUCUGGUAUUCAGAGAAGGCCAAAAUAUGUCCGUGCGUGAAGGACCGUGAGAUUGUCUACAACGAACUUGAGACGUGUAAGAUGAAUCUGGUCGACCGAGUCUAUGGAUGUGACCAGAUACCAGAAGUGGAGCUCCCCAAAUCGAGGACUUGGUACCCACGUUUCGCGAACUGUCUCUCCGAAUCCAAUGCCCUCACUCCCAUAGUCCCGGCGAGCGACUGGGAGGCAGACGACAGUCAGAACGAAACUCCUCUUGUCAAGGACAAGAGGAGGUCAAGCACUCCUCAACGAAGCGAGGAGGUAUACCUGGAUAGAGAGUAUCAGAGGUAUGUCAGCAGUAGGUUCAUGGAAGCCGUAUGGCCAGAUGUAGCAGAGUCCAAAGCUGGUACUCCCAGAAGUACGACGCCAGUCAGACAGGAGAACAGAAAGAAGAAAGUGGAAGAUAAAGAAGGCGAGGCAGAAGACAAGAAGAAAGCUAAGAAGAUGAAGUUGAGUAGUGAAGGGUGGAGUCAGGAGUCGGAUAUUGAAGAGGAGGUGGAGAAAAGCAAAAAGAUUAAAGAUAAGAAAAUACGCAAGAGGAAGCACUCGUCUUCACUGUCUGAGAGCGAUGAGGCUGGCAAGAAGAAAAAGAAGUCUAUGAAGAAGAAACAGAAGGAUAGCUCAAAAGCAAAAACAAAAUUAGCGAAACGUCGACGGCUAAGUAAGAAAUAUUUAAAGAAGUUGAAGGAAAAACAGAAGAAAAAGAAGAAGAAUGAGUCAGAAGAUGAGGACGAAGAAAAAGAAAACAAAAAGAAAGAGAAGAAAUUGAAAAGGAAGAAACUACAAAAGAAAAAGAAAGCUCAAAAGAAGAAAAAGGCGAAAGCUAAGUCUUCUAGCAGUUCGUCAUCCUCUACAACAUCCAGUAGCUCUUCAGACACCGACUCCGAAGCAGAGAAGAGAAAGAAGAAAAAGAAAAAUGCAGAACUAAAAAAGAAGAAACGGAAACAGUCUUCUUCUGAGUCCACUCAAAGCGAAGAGUUAUUCGACGUCAAUAUACUGAAUAAUAUCAAAACGGAACGAUUGACGGACGAUGAGAAAAAACAAUCGUUAGUCUUCUCCCCAAGAAGACAGAAACCGAGAGAGAUAAUCAACGUGAAAGAAUUACAAAAUGAUUUUGUAGGUAACAAUAUACAUAUUAAAAAAGAAGUAGAAGAGACUAGACAAGAGGUAGUUAAAAUGGCGGACAUAGAGUUGGAAGAGAAGGAGUUUGCGACGGAAUCUGACUCGGUAAUCGAACCCGUUGUACCUGAGGUCACUGAAGUACAUGAGAUUAAAGAGGAGAUCUCUUUCCAGGAGAUCCCGUUGCCCGCGCCAAAACAAACAGAGAAACAGCAUACAGAUCACAUUGCCGACACACACACGGAUACGACGAUACAGACACAUAAAGACGUAAUCGAACCUAGUACCCCGACUCCGACAGACUUAUACGACCCUACUAAACCCGACACAUCACCGUCACCGCCAGAUAAAGAAUCCCAAGAAAGCCAAGAACCGCUACAACCUCACGUGGACCAACCACUACUCGAAGAGUCCAACCUAUCCCAAUCCUCACAAGAGUCCACGACCAGCAAAGACAUUCCUUACGAAAAGGACGACAGCCACCUUCGACCCUCAUCACAGAACUCCAAUUAUAGCUUCAAUGACGUCAUCAACGCCAGUCAGCAUUACCAGAAAGAUGAGGAAGACAAAUUCCAGGAGUAUGAGCAAGGGAACUAUGAGAUGUAUGAACAGCUCGCUAUGGCUUACCAAAGUGAUGUCGCUAAACAGUCGACACCAUCAACCGGUGAGGAUCCAUUCUUCGCAUCCCAGCGUAUUGAGACAGUGGUACGGGCGCGGUCGCGAGGGGAGAUCAAGUGCGACUGGCGCGCGGGAGACGAACCCAGUACCCCUGUACCUAAUAACAACCAACGACCUUCUAGAUGGGGUCUAAAACCAGGGCAGGUGAACAUAGUGCUGACGGGUGGGGAUGACUACCCGCCGCGCAAUGAGGAGCCGGUCUACCAGAUACAGACCAUUGCUAACAGGAGCGAGAACAACAGCUCGGGUAGCUACGAUGAAGCAUACGAAGACAUGUACGGUGCGUCCGACAGGUUGCAGUACGGAGAUUGUUUCAACACGGACAUCGAACCCCAACCCGCCGAGGAGAGCAACGAGCCUAUUAAACACAAGAGCAGCCUGGAUGACAGGAUAGAUCAAGCUUUGAGAACUACAGUGCUCGGUGAAGUGGCCAAGGAGGCUGAGGAGGACGGAGACAAGGACGGCCCGGAGAAAGGAAUCCUAGUCACUAAAGCGGAAAACCGUGGAGCUAAGCGAGUGAGCUUCGCGGACGGCUACAAGCCCGGCCAGGACUCGGACGUCGAAGAACCGCCUGUUAGGAAGAAGAAGAAGCCACGUCGCUUCGGCUGCGCAUGGCCGUGUCCCGCGACUCACAUCGACCACGUCCCACUGUGGGACGCCCUGCCCCCACCACCGCCACCACCCGGGUCGCCACCCCCCAACAUACGACUAGCCAUGCAGAUGAUGAUACAAGCACCCAUGCUACAGCAACAGAACAUGAUGCAACCUCCCAUGAUGCAACAAACACCAAACAUGAUGCAACAACCGCCUAACAUGUUGCAGCAACCGCCGAACAUGUUACAGCAACCUCCGAACAUGUUGCAGCAACCGCCUCAGUUGUUGCAACAGCCUCCAAAUAUGUUGCAACAGCCGCCGCAAAUGUUACAGCAGCCUCCGCAACUGUUGCAGCAACCUCCACAGAUGUUGCAGCAACCGGGCGUCAAGCCUAUGAUGUCGGCACCAUUCCCUAUGCCUUCGAAAUUAGACCCCAGCGUAUCGUUACCAAACUUCCUCCCGCCGGAGCCGCCGCCAAGUCUGCUCACGUUCCCGAUCACAUCCAUCAAGACAAACAUCAAUUAAUAACUAGUUACAUUAAUUCCUAUCAAGUGAUAUAAGUUAACUAUUAAGUUUAUUGUUCACUGUAAAUAUAAGCGAAGUAUGACUCCAUCA